UUUUUAUAAUUAUCACUUUAAAAUAAAUUAACUUUAAACAAAAUUAAAUUACCAAUUCUAAAGUAUCAAUUGCUAUUCAAGGAAAUAAAUACAGUGGUGAUACAACACUAUAUGACAUACAUCAUAGUUUAAACUGGGUUUACUUAACAUUGAAAAUAAGUAUAAUGUGUAAAUUUGCAUAUUACAUUUGACAGUUUAAAUACAACUAUAGUUACAUCUUUGUGGCCAUCACAUGGAAUGAUUGAAUUCUAAUUUUUGACAAGAUAUUUAUGUAACUAAUUAAAAGGGUAUAUCAUAUAUCACCGGAAAAUUUUAUUUAAUAUGCUGAUUUAAUGACAAUAUUAUCGGAACAGUCGAUUCAUAUCAGAAAUCAGCAUUCAAGGAAUUCGCAGAUAUCAGAAUGAAACCGUGGACACAUUACGGUUUGUUGACGCCGCCUUAUUGCAUCAGAGGCGGCACUAGGCCAGAAAACGUCAACCAGGACCAUCUGUUUCUUUCAAUGCCAGUCUCCGCCCAUGGCGUUCACCAUGACCCUCUACUGCAUUCGUAUUGGCCACGCCCCCUCUCUGUCUACGAGGAGGCCAACGGGUUAGCCGGCACAGUCUUUAAGCCGGUGGCCAUUCGAUUGACCAACAUCUAUGCUGGCCUUCCUUUAUCUCUGAGCCUCGUCGGUCAGUGUAGAGCCUUGGAGCCAAACUACGGAGCCAGACCUGUGGGGCUAGAAGACAUUGAAGGCCAGCCCAACAGAGCGCACCAGUUUCCUUUUAUCCCCCAGGAAAUUAGUGGUCCAAACACCAACUACUUAAGAGAAUUCAUGUCCCUUCAGCCAUCCCAUUUCUCAUAUCCGAGCCACACUUCUUCGUCCGAGAUGAAUCAGAAGCUCAAAGAUCUUUUGCACUUCCGCCAAGAGCUCCUUCAAGACAGAGCGCUUUGUUUGGACUCUCACGGAAUCCCAAUCUGCUACGGUAACCUGCAGCCUAGAGCUUCUAGCGAGGCUGCUUCACAGUCAUCUAACGAGGCAUCUAAAAAAGGCCAAACAGAAAGAAGUCUAGCCUCCACACCUGAACCAAACGCAGAAGAGAUUUCCUCGCUGCUAAGGCAGAACACGACAGGACGUGGCGUCGACGAUGUCAAGCUAAAACAUAACAAUAAAACCUUCGCAAAAGCUCAGUCCAACACUCUCUUGUUUAAGAAAUCAAGAAGGAAAUUCGUGUCCUCACUCUCUAAAUUUAAAAAACAGAAUGUUAACAAAGUUAAAAAUAGCAAUGAAAAUGUGUGUGCUGAUGCCAAUGUCAACGAAAAUAAGAUGGCGGACACUUCAGACAAUCUUGUCUCAUCUUCAUCGUCUCGGGUUGAUGCGAUUGAUACCAAAAAAAUGAAAAUGUCAGGACUAGCCAGUCUGUUAAUAACAGAAGGUCAAAGGUCUUUGACGACACUCGCUAAUGAUUUAUCCAAUCAAUCAGCAGACGAGAACGUUGAAUCACGUUCGGGCUCAGCACACAUGUAUCAGUCACUGGUAUCCCCUGGCGACGACCGGAAGUCGUUCAGCUGCCCGCAAUGCAGGUACACGACUGACCGGAAGAACAACCUGAAGCGACACGUGGUCACGAUGCACCAGGAGAGCUCCAAGACCCUGGAGUGCUGCGGCGUGGUGUUCCAGAGCAAGGCCUUGUUGCGUGACCACAACUCCGUGUUCCACAGGGGCGGCUACAGGUGCCAGGUCUGCUCCAGAAACUUCUGCAGGAAAGCGCUACUGAGGCGCCACCUGACGGUUCACAGUGGACAGAAGGACUUCUUCUGCGCCCUUUGUGGCUACGCCACUAGUCACAAAAGCAAUCUGGAGCGACAUCAAAAAGUUCACACUAAAAAAGAUCCUAGCGAUACCAGAUUAAAAAGAGAGUGUUCAUUUAAAAAGAGUAUUACAAAUGAAAUCAGAAGACCGUCCACAGACACUAAUGGAACACUUAAGUUUAUCUCAAAAAAGAAAUUAGAAUUCGCUGAGAAGGGUCUUACAAACUCAACCAAUAUCUCUAACUCUCUCACUUCAAAUCGAGAGAGGCCGUUCGUAGAAAAAGCUGACGUCAACAAAACGAAAUGCAAAGAUUCUCACACUGGUGAACAAUGUAUGGUUUCUGGCAACACUUCUUUGCGCUCAUAUUUUUCAUCAGACUCGUUUCGACCGAAAAAUUUUCCAUCGGAAACCGGCCAAAAUUUAGCCACCAAACAAGACAGCGUUCUCGUCUGGUCUAUGUUAGAUUCAGCGUCAUCGGAUCAUCCGUCAAAUGUUAAAGCAAGAGACGCCAAUGGAAUGGGGGGCAGUAACGAGGUGGCUAAUAUGGUAAUUAGGACAAAUGCGACGUCGUCCGAUAUACGAAAACGUUUGUUUCCUGUGCGCUACGAAUGUUCGGACUGUGGCAGACGAUUUAAGAUCCAAAGUGAUUUAAGUUUGCAUGAGAGGCAGUGUAUGCCGCGAGACUAAUAGAAGGUCACGAGAUUCAACUUAGGUCACGAGAUUCAGUGUAGGUCACGAGAUUUAAUGUAUGUUCAAUGUAUGAGAUUCAGUGUAGGUAAUGAGAUUCGAUGUAGGACAUGAGAUUCAAUGUAUGUAAUGAGAUUCGAUGUAGGACAUGAGAUUCAAUGUACGUAAUGAGAUUCGAUGUAGGACAUGAGAUUCAGUGUAAGUAAUGAGAUUCGAUGUAGGACAUGAGAUUCAAUGUAUGUAAUGAGAUUCGAUGUUGGACAUGAGAUUCAAUGUAUGUAAUGAGAUUCGAUGUAGGACAUGAGAUUCAGUGUAUGUAAUGAGAUUCGAUGUAGGACAUAAGAUUCAGUGUAGGUAAUGAGAUUCGAUGUAGGACAUGAGAUUCAGUGUAGGUAAUGAGAUUCGAUGUAGGACAUGAGAUUCAAUGUAUGUAAUGAGAUUCGAUGUAGGACAUGAGAUUCAAUGUAUGUAAUGAGAUUCGAUGUAGGACAUGAGAUUCGGUGUCGGUAAUGAGAUUCGAUGUAGGACAUGAGAUUCAAUGUAAAUCAUGAUAUUCAAUGUCGAUAAGAUUAAAACCAAAGGUCACAGUGUAGGGAACAAGAUUCAAACGUAAGCAACGAUGUGUUAUUUAGGUCAUGAUAUUCUAAUUUUAGAAUAUAUAUGUUUUGCAUUUCGUGAUGGUCAAAUCCGGUCCUAAUAUGCAAUUAUUGUCCAGACUGCAUUGUAGGUCACAAUAGGUCUUGUUUUGAGAUUACAAUAUCUGAAACAUCUAAGUAAAAGCCUCUAGUCAACUGUUUUUGUUUUGUUUUACAUGUUUCGGAUGUUCCUUCAGAGUUGAAGAUAAUUUACUUCCUAGUCCAAACCUCCCGCAGGACGACGGGGGAUGGUAGCGGGCAGGGUUUGAACCCUCGACCGUCGAUAAAUCCGAACGACAGUCCAGCGCGCAAACCGCACGACCAGGCAGCCAUCCAGAGAAUUGUGAUACAAAGCCCUUUGGCUCCUGAUAGACUCGAAGACAACACCCACAAUGCUAUGGUUUGUUUAUUUGAAAUUAUUUGAACUAUUUCCACUUCGUUGAUUCAAAAAAAAUCUGAAUUUUUAGAAAGUUCUGGUCAGUUUCGGAUAAAUGAGAGGAAAUGGGUAAUGCUCUUGGUCGUUGUACUGGCCAUAUGAAAUCCUUGUAGGCCCUGGCAACAGAUGAACCUGAGGUCAACUGCUUUGCAGACUGUAACAUCUCUAUUACGAAAACUUAAAUUGCAUUUAAGAACUUAAUUAUAUUCGUAGUGUUUUGUUUCUGAAACUAAAAGCUUUUAAAUAAUGCAUUUUCGCCAGCUGUCAAUGGGUUAAUGAGAUUAUAUAUUUGCUAGUCUUCAUUGAGUUAAUGAAACUCAGGAGUUUAUAACUUCUCCGCUAUAAAUAUUUAUACAAUUUAUAACUAAUGGAUGAGCUGAUUCUUACAUUUUAGAUAUAUCAGAAAUUUUCCUCAUUUAGAUCUAUGCUUUUAUUUAUUUAUUUUUAUUUUUUUCUUUGAAUUGUUUUUUUUAUUUUGUUCGAAAAAUAAAUUAGACAAAUAGUCUUCUAUAAGAUACACUUUAUGAAACUAUUGGUGAAAUAAAAAUGUAUCUCUAUUUACUGAACAUAUUGUUAUAAACCUGGUGGUGGCACAGAUGGGGGUAGUGGUGUGUGUGUAGUCAGCCGACGCAAAUUGCCCCAGGUCAGCGCUAGACGAGCGGUCAACCGUGACGAGUUACGACGGUCAACCGAGACGGGUGUCAAGUGACGGCUCGGCAAGGAUCGGCGUCGUGAACAUAGCUCAGGGGCGUCAAGAGGGAUGUAGUCAUGUGACGAAACUAGAAACGUCAAGCGAUGUUCCGACCGGUUCUAGAAGGCCAGCAGGGACCCUAUAUAAAGAUCGGAGGUGUCGCAGUCAAGACGGUUCAGAGCCCAGUCGACUACAGCACAGUUCAGUGUGGUUCAGCGGUGUGGUUCUGUACGGAGCAUUACGACGGUUUAGUGUGGAGUACUAUCAAGUACAGUUGAGACGAACGGCGUCUUGAUCUUGGUCUGUGAUCGAGUCCGACACAACGAGCCCAGUGUGUGAAGUCAGUCCUGAACUGUUGAACCCAGUGCAAGCCCGGAACGAGACGGAGAGGCCAGUGCAAGAGUUGAUACGGCGGUACGGCUAUUAACAGAGAGAUAUGUGUACGUGUUGCCAAUUGUUCA